AUGCUCCGUGCUCAGCAAGAGUGCCAGCACCGGAACACCAAGGCUACAUUCUUUCUAGUGCGAGAGGACGGGACCGAGGCCAGGGACACCAUCUGCGUUCCGUACCGAGAAUUUCAUUCGGCCUCCCAUUUUCUGGCAGUUAUGACCGAGGCAUACGGGCUACCCAAUUUCGAAGACAGUGCUCUCCAACUGCAGGAAAUGAGUGGAAAUCCCAUUCGUCGGCUGCGCUAUGCGGUUGUGAGACCAAAGUGGGCGAAGGUCUCGUUCCAAAUCCGAGCCGGUCGCGAUGCAGACUGGCGGGCUCUUCAAAACAUCCUGGAAGUUGCGUGGGCAGCCAGCAGCCGUGGAGACUUGGCCAAGACUUAUUUCAAAAUUGAAGUCACGUUGAAAGUGGAGUGA